AACUAUGUGGAGCAUGCGGUUAUAUAAUAGGGAAUGUUCUACUACUGCUGCUGCCGCCAGCAGUUUGUGGUGAUCCUCGUCUGCCUGCUCUACAUCCUCCUUGUGCUCGUGUUCUUUGUGAAUGUGUUUCUCGCCGAUCGGAAUAUGCACACGCAUCUCAUGAUGAAGAAUGCGGGCCACCACGGACAUGGACACGGCGGCGGCGGCGGAGGAGGACUUGGAGCUGGUGCAGGUCCGCCUGUGGGAGGACACCACAAUCCCUACGACAUGCAUGGCUAUCCGCACUACAACAACUACCAUCCGCAAAUGGAUCCAAAGCAGCAGCAGCAGCAGGAGCUGCUACGCAAGACACCGCCCAAUCCGAACCAGCAGCAGCCCGAGCAGGACAUUUACUCUUAUUUCAAUCACGUAUUUAGGCGGCGACGUCGAUGAGCAGCAGAAGGGAGAAGUAGAUGUAGGAUGGACCAGGAUCCUAUCCAAAAUUUGUACCACAUUAAAUUAUUAUUAUUUCGAUAAAAAUUAUGAAUAUAUACGAGAAUAUAUAUAGCCAAAAGCAGAUUGUGUAAAAAGUGAAAAGGGUUAAAAAUGGAUCCAAAAUCCGUGACGAAACAAGCUAUGUUUCAGCUAUGAAUCGGGCACGAUCCAAUGCAUUUCCGAUACGAUGCGUAAAUUUAUGUAGCGAGCGACCAAGCCACGAGCCAACAGUUUGCAUUUAUCUACAGCGAAUGAUGUUCCAUAAAUGGAAUCAGCAACAUUUAUUAGAUACAGCAGAUAUUUAUUGAUCGAUAUAUACAGCUGAUUAAUCAGAUAAACUAGAUAUGCUAUAUAGAGCUAACCCCCCCAAUCAACAUAUACAACAGAUAUCAACGGAUAUAUCUACCAUAUAUAGAUAGCUAAAAUAAUGCUUCGA